AUGCAGCAUGCGCAUCAAAGGCCAGUUUUCAUACAAGAGAUUGGCCCUGUCCUCGUUACAUUGUCUUCAAGGCUUCAACAUCCGUUGCCCCUAAUCGCUGUGGCUACAGGGCUGGUUGUCAUUCUGGUGUCGCUUUGCGGGCUGCGCAGAUGUUUGAAGGAAAACUUUGCUCACCAACCCAAGCGAGAUGUUGACGGUGUGCGGCUUGGCGUGUAUGGAAUCUUGCUCACGCAGACCUUGAACGCAUUGGCAACAAUGGUGGUUUUGCCAACUCUACCGUUCUUUGCGAUGAAGUUGGGUGCAACAGCCCUGGAGGUUUCACUGAUGAAUUCUGCAUAUAAUCUUGCCCAGAUGUUCUGUUCGCCGCUCUUAGGGGCCCUGUCUGACCGCUAUGGGCGGAAGAGCGUCAUGCUGGCCGGAAUCUGCGUUCAGAUGCUGUGCAAUGCUUUCAUGGCGCAAUCCAGCUCCUUGACGCAACUGCUGCUCGCUCGCAUGGCGGUUGGCAUGGCGCUGAGCACCGGACCAGUGGAGAUGGCCUACAUCAUGGACUUCCUGCAUUCGGAGGAGGAGCUCAGCAGAGUCCUGUCUCUUCAGCGUGUCAUGGCCAGUGCAGGGGCAUUGGCGGGACCGCUGGUGGCUCGCACCUUUGACAAGCUGCAUUUCAAGACUCUUUGCCUUGGAGUGGUUGCGGUCAAUGUGGUGAACUUUUUCAUAGGCUCAAUGCUCUGGGAGGAGGUGAAACCUGAAGUGAAGGACAGGAAAGCCAUCCAAGUGGAGCAAGAUGCAGACAGUUCAGAGGGUGCAGACAAAACCAUCAGCGAGCAGGUAUCUACCAUGUUCGCUAACCGUGCUGCUUGUGGCUUGCUCUUGGUGUCCUUCAUUUAUGCGCUCGGAUUUGCAAUUGGGGAUGGUCCGGAGAUGGUCUUCUUCAAGGACCGCUUUGGCUUCACAAAGGAGAAGGCUUGCAUGUUCUACUUGUUGACCAAUGUGUCAACACUGGUUUGCUCUGCCUGGGUGCCGGCCCUACUGACGAACUUCGGCGCCCUUCCACUUUGCAUCGCUGGGACCUUGGGUGGCUCGCUCUGCUCCCUGCUGCUGGUCUUCGGACCCAAUGCUGCAUGGGUGCCUUAUGCUUUUGGCAUCUCCAUGGUAGGCCUCUUUGGAACUAUGAUUGGUAUGGGCUUUAUGCAUCUUGUCAGGGAGUAUUGUCCAGAAGAUCUCAUGGGGACCAUGUUUGGAAUACAGAGCUCCCUAAACGGUGCUGCGGGAGCUUUGGCGCCGCCAUUCGGCGGCUGGCUCUACCGCCUGAAUAUGCUCCUACCAUUCCUUUGCACUUCAGCAUCGUGUGCUCUGACUGGCUUACUGUAUGAGACUGCACUUCCAAAAGCAGUCAAGGAGACCAAAGCUGAGAUACAGGAGGCGGUGGUACACCGGAAGAAGCCAAAGUUGCCACGGUAUUCCACAUUCGGCAGGCCCAUCUAUCACGACAAAAGCUUCAUCAUUCAGGUUUGUACCAAUGAGCUCAGCAUCGGCUUGAAUCCUGAGAGCAUGUACUUCUACCAGCGCAUGCGCGAGCGUCUCCGCGAAGAAAAUGUUCGUGGGGGCAUGAAACCAAUCGCCACUGUUGCUGGGGCACUU